AUGAUCGAGUUGGGGAGGCGUUUAGGGAUUUACACUACUGAGGAGACUCUGAACCCUUAUUUUUAUGCUUAUCUUGACAUCUGUAUUAAUGCUCCACCACAGGAGUACAACUACAUGCAGUGGAAGAUUCCAGAUGACAACAUUGUGGAGCCGGAGGACAUCCCUUGGCCUGACUUUGUGAGGCGUCAGAGGCCUAGGGCGGGUCCUUCUGUUUCACCCCCUUCUCAUCCACAAGUUGCCGGUAUUGGUGGUGUGGGCACUUCAGGCACUCAUCCCGAAGAUACUGAUGAUGACGAAGAGGAUACGGAGGGCAAGGAGGCAAAGUAUGAGAGAAACGAUGAGUAG